GAGAGUCUCUAGGCUAAAUCAGCAAGGAGGACCAUUAUGGUUCAUAACUCACAAAUCAGCUGUCUUUGACGUUAAUGAUGGACGCAUAUUUGUUCGCCGACAAAAGUAAACGAAAAUGAGAGGGAAAAGUCAAAGUUUCUUUUUGCGUAAGAGUGUUUGAGAAGUACAUACGUACGUGUACAAGAUGGAUAUAAUAAAGGAACAUCUGCUAGUACCUGCCAAAUACAUGAUACUGACAGAUGGAAGAAUUUGCCUAACAGUUCACAGAAAUUGGCUCGCUCGUUUGUUGGUAGUCGGCCCGUUUUCUUUUAUUAGUCAUGAUCGAAUGUCCGGUGAUCAGAUUGCGGCACAACCCACUCUCGAAGAAUUAGGCUGCGAUUGGAUGAGGAUUUAUGCAAAAGUAUAUAUAAAACAAUACAAAAAUGCAAUUCCUCUGCCAAGAGAAAGGCCUGUUACUAGCAUAAAGAAUCAGGCAGAAUUGAUGUUCUCACAAUUGUUGCAUUAUGUAGCUGAAACUAAUUAUCGAAACUUGUGGAAAGAAUCAUACAAGAAAUAUUACAAUCCCUGGAAUUUUGUUGAUCAAAAGGAACAAUCUAAUAUUACUGCCAAUGUGAGUGAUGUUGCCAUCAUGCAUGAAGUACUGGCCAGAAUGUACAACUGUACUCUAAUACAAGUACAACAUGGUACAGUCUUAUCAGUAUCAAAUGGUACAUUAUCCGAGACACAUUGUAAUCUAGUACCAGUUCAUUUUGUCAUGGAAACAACAUCUGCUUUUAUAAUCUUUUAUGAACAGACUGCAAAUUACUCCCUUCGUGAGUGUGUGAUGUACAGUCCUGCCGCCCUUAAUACAAGCCAUGGAAAACCAUUGUUUGUGGUCUAUCAGUUAUUAAGGCUAUCUAGAGACCUGCAUGAUCGCGGUCUUGCAUUAGGAGAGAUUACACUUAGUGAUAUAUUAGUUACAGAAAAUUUUACUAUUCAGGUACUACCGAAAUUAAGUGACAACAUUUAUUUAAAACCUGAAAGUGAAUAUAUGAACUCAUCUAUUUCUCAAGAAAAUAAAGAGAAACAUUUCUAUAACAAUACUCACUGCAAGAAAGACAGCACGUUUCAAUCAAGUAACAGUGACUUUGGAUUAAACGAGAGUAUCGAGAAAUUAUGUGAGAUGUGGGUGUAUAACUGCAUUAGCAACUUCGAUUAUCUCAUUGCACUGAAUAACUUGGCCGGUAGACGAUACGGCAAUCCUAGUUGUCAUCAUGUGAUGCCUUGGGUGACGGAUUUCACGUCGAGGAAUGGUGGCAACUGGCGGGAUCUAACAAAAUCAAAGUUUCGAUUGAACAAAGGUGACAGGCAACUAGAUCUCACGUUCGACUCGCAAUCAACCGAGGUUGGACAUCAUGUAUCAGAUGUUCUGUCAGAGAUUACUUAUUAUGUAUAUCUUUCGCGUCGAUAUAAUAAAUCUGUGCUGUGUAAGCACGUGCGACCGUUAUGGGUACCCGGAGAAUAUCCAGCUUCGAUUCAGAGAUUAUACGAUUGGAGCCCCGAUGAGUGCAUACCGCAGUUUUUCACCGAUCCUAACGUUUUCAAGUCUAUCCACGAGGACUUGCCGGACUUGGAAAUUCCAGCAUGGGCGACUUCUCCGGAGGAUUUCAUUGAAAAACACAGAGAAGCAUUGGAGAGCUUUUAUGUUUCGGAAAGACUGCAUCAUUGGAUAGACUUGACCUUUGGCUACAAACUGUCGGGCUCCGCUGCUGUCAAGUCGAAAAACGUCUGUCUGCAGUUGGUUGACAAUCAUACCGACUUGACGAAUUCCGGAGUUGUACAGCUUUUCACGCAACCGCAUCCGCAGAGGAUUAUCCCAUCUCCUUAUUGGGGCAAAGUACCGCCACGACUACGAUCGACAGUCUCAGCUAACAACAAAAAGAAUGACCAACUUGCAAGUAGAAUCAGUGACGAUGAGGGCCACAGUUCCGGCAUCGAGGAAGAAGAGCUGCCUGCAACGGCGGUGAAUGCAUCGAGAUCGUCGCCGCUCGUACUAAGCCGCUUAUUGAGCCGUUCUCGAGGUUCUUUACUGUCGGAGGACAACAUCAAAUCGGAUAAGUCCGUCAAUCAGCCCAUUAUCCUCCCGAAGGAUUUUAAUCCCGUCGCGGCGAUCGUGCAAGUAGAAUCUAUGCACACCUUCAUGAAUAAGGUCAAUCAUCAGGUGUACAAACCCGCGAUAGAGUCGCACGAUUUUCCCACCAACUACAAGCAGAUCGUGGCCAGCGGUCGUAUCAAGGAGCAGCAAAUACUCGGUUGCUUGAUAGUGGAGAUAUUUCUAGCCGGUAAAUUUCGCGCGACAUGGAACGUCGAGAAGGCGUCCUUCGCGCAGAGAUUCGCGACGUGUCUGAACACUCUGAGAACGUCGGCGGACAAUUUGCCGAAAUGUAUAAGGAACAUCGUAUCGUUGUUCUUACAGACCGAUAUCAUGCCAAAGAGUUACAAUAUAGGCAAUAUGGAGAUGAACGACAUCUCAAUGGCGAACGAGAUUCCCUUUCGUUAUCCGACGAUAACGUACAUGGGCCUUCCGCCGCCGUCUGCGCAUCAAUUUCUACAACCGAUUUUGUCCGGCAGCCUGUUCCCAUUCUCCAAGUAUUGCCAGUACUUGUACAACAUCGUGGAAAUGUUGCAAGAGUACAACGGCUUGGUACGAGAAUUGAACUUUAUCCUGAAGGCCGAGGACGAUAUGGACUUUGUGAUCAAAACGAAGAUAAAGUAUCUGUGCAAAAUCAGCGAGUGCAAAGUCAAAGCGAUCGCCAGAGAGUUGGAACGUCUGCUACCCUAUGCCGGCGGUGCGAGAGAAGCUACACUGCAAUUAAUAGUCCCUCAUAUAGUACAGAUUAUGGAAGAACCUUACAGCGCGGUAUUGGCCGCCUGGCAUCUUUUCGAUCCUAUCGCGAAAACACUGGGUCCGAAGGACACAGCCGAAACGUUCCUCUCGCCUAUCACGAAGUUAUAUGAAAACGGCUCGAUCAUGGACACGACGUUGUAUGCCGAUGUGCUGCCCGCAGGAACGUUUGCGAAGUUCAGAACUACUCGAUUAUAUCACAGGACGUUCCUAUUGAAACUGAUAGUCAGACUAGGACUGCGUAGAUUCUUAGACAACUUUAUCAAUCCACUGGUGGAAGCGGUAGGAGGAUACAAGGAUUACGUGCAGGGCUCGUUCGGCACGUGCACGCAUAGGACGGGCAAUCUCAAGAGCUGUGACUUGAGCGGACCCUGCGGCGACGGGGAGGGUAUUCUAUCUCCGUUGGAUGAAGAUUCGUUUGCAGAUUCCGAGCAUACCGUCAUCUCACCCACCGGACCAACGACCAAUGAUUACGUAUCUAACAUAGCGGCGGAUAACGACGUCGAAGAGGUAUUCGCCAUGGAGACGGACGACAAUCUGUGGAAUUCCUUAAGUAAUACUGCGUAUAACAUUGACUUACACAUAGAUCUCAACUUAAAUCUCAACGACGACUCGAACGACGAUGCGAACAAAAAUUCGCCGUGCGGCUCCGUCAAGUCGCCAACGAUUCCAAUACCUAAACAAGCAAAUACUUGCGGUGCCAAUGCGUAUACCACAAAUAUCCAUUCCGGUAGUAAUCUGUCUGAAAGCACGAGCGGCACAGACACCAAGGAAGACAAUUCCGCCACGCUCCGCCCCGACCUCGAUAACAAGUGCAACGUCACCGAGCCCGACGAAGGUGUACAUCAGUUGGAUCACGUUUAUCGAAGAACCAUCCCGAGUGAAUGCACCGUUUCUGAGAUGAGCGCAGAAUCGGUUAUUUGGCUGUCGCACAGACUCGGCCCGGUGCUCACAGCGCGACACUUGUCGCGGAACCUCCUGCGAAUGCUGACUCUGUGUUACGCUGGGAAGGAGAACCUGACGUCGAUCGAUGACAAUAAUUUCAUGUAUCUGGAAGGUAUCGCGUGGAAGAAGCCGAUCUUAGCCGGUGACCAAAACGCUGUUAAGGUUUUAGAAUGCCUCACUGCUAUUGCAGGGUUGUACGGGGAACAAAUUAUAUUGCUGCAAUAUUUUGCGCACAUGGUCGAAUUGUUAGCGCUGUGUAAGAGGAAGCUGACGCAAAAUCUGGAAGGAGGCCUGGUCUCUUGCUUGGCUCUGCUAAAUCACAUUACGUCGUACCUCAGCGACGCCACUGUGAUGGACGUACUGCAUGAGCCAAUAGUCAAGUCCAUUCUGCAUCCUACGGUACGUAUACUGUCAACCGCGAGAUUUACAUUCCCGAAUGGAACGCUCGCGCGCAUCGCCUUGGCUGAAAAAUGUCUGGAAGCGAUGUUCACUCUCAGCUUACGGCUUGGCAGUGUGAUCACGAAAAACCACCUGGCGGUGCCGAUCCAACGCUUCUUUUUAGCUUUCGACAAAGCCUUCAGCGAGAAUCUAUGCGGCGAGAGACUUCCGGAUAAUUCUGGGCAGAAAGCAGCCGCAUCCAACGACUAUCUCGCACGGGUGAAAGCCGCCAAUGAGGGCGGAUUUGAUAAUAAUGGAACUUACGUGUGGAACAAACUCGACACAGACGUGGCGGACUCGUAUUCCCCUCCGAUCUUGGAAAACAGCGAUGUACCUGAUUUACAAAGAAACAGGGCGUUCGAAGAGUUACGAGCCGUAUUCACCAGCGAAUUUGCUCACAAGGCGUACAUGCUCUUUUAUAGGUGCGUCGACAGCGAGAUGAUGGAACAGAUACUGAAGAACCACGAGCAUGUGCAGGAGCUCUGUCACGAUUAUGAACAAGAGAUUAAAGCGACCUCUCAAAAUAUCGAUAACGCGGAGAAGUGCAAUACGUUGCUGCCUACGGAUUGCGAUGUGAUGGAGAACGUGGAGCUAGUCGACAAAGGUGUCUGUAGUUUCGGGAAUAUAUCUGUGGUAGGAAAUCGAUUCGAGAUACAAAAAGACGACGUUAAAUCCCAGUCUGCGACGGAGGCGGGCGCCGUUGCCAAUCGCGAGAACUGCUUGUCGUCCGCUGGCCGGCAAUUGCGCGGUAAUUGGUUGGCUUAUUGGGAGCACGAGAUAGGAAGGCCGGAUAAGGAUACAAUAUUCAACAUAAAGCAGAUCAAGCUGCAGACUUUCAGCGGACACACGAACAGUAUACGGUGUCUCAAUGUACUGGAUAAUGAAAAUAGUUUUAUGAGCGGCGGCAGAGACAAAAUCGUGAAGUUGUGGAGUUUACGAAGCCAGGGCGAUGGGAAUACAGUCUCGUCGUGUCAAUAUACGUACACUGGGCACAAGAAAUCUAUCCUUUCGCUCACAUUCCUGGAGUCUUUGAGGUACGCAGUGACUUGCGACGGUAUGAUUCAUUGCUGGGACCCUUUCAUGGGCUCGCUUCUGGGAUGUCCCGAAAGCAGCCGUCCAGUUCCUGUGAACACUUUAGCUUCGAGCCCUUCUCCGUCUACGACUCUUCUCGUGGGAACAACAGAUAUUACUCUUAGAGUUAUCGAUUGCAGAACAUUCCAAUAUGUUAAUGAAAUGAAAGUUUCUAUGAAUCCAACUGGCUUGAUCAGAUGUAUCGCGGUAGCGCCUAGCGGAUACUGGGUCGCCUUAGGUCAAGCAUCGGGCUUCUUGACGAUACUCGAUACUCGUACUGGUUUAAUCAUCGCGUCUUGGAAGGGACAUGAAUGCGAGAUAUUGCAAUUAGAAGCGAUCAACGAGACCACUAUAGUCAGUUCCUCGUUGGAUCAAACGAUCGCUGUGUGGAGCGCAGUGGAUGGCAAACUUAAGUUUCACAUGAAAGGCGCGACGGAACCCGUUCAUUGCAUGGCGACAUACGAGCAGGAAUUAGUAAUAGGAACAACAGCGAAUCGAAUUGGUGUCUAUACCGCCGUGGAAAUGACAGCGUCCUUCUCUUCGUCGAAAUUGAAGUCUGACGCUUUCAAAGGCGUCCUUACUGCCAUGGCUGUCCUUCCCCUUAAUCGAUUGCUGUUAUUGGGCGCCGACAACGGUGGUAUAAUAUUACUGUGCUAAGUAUUUACACAAAGUGUACACGAAUGGCUGGAACAUUAAACGUAUAAUUAAGAUAAGUAGAAAAUUAUUUUAAUUAUUUAUAUAUACAGUGUGUAAUACAGAACGCAUGGUGAAUUCACUACUGUACAAUAAAUUCCAUUUUUACACACA